AUGUUUAGAUUUCGCAAAGGCCUCGACGUGAUUACGCUGUUCCACAGCCCAACAGCCCCAGCUUCGAUGAGAGUCCACAGUCUCUUGAAGCAAGCUUCAGCGGCCGCAGGAGAGACAGCUACAGAGGACCAAGCGAGUGACCACACGCAACAGACAAAGAGCAGCGUACAGACGCAGUUCGAGCUCAACGUUAUCGAAGACGCCCCGACCCCGGAUCAGCUGAAGAGCAUUCUCGAAUACGUCGGAGCGAAUGGAGCCGGCAAAGUCGUCCAGGGCGCAACGAGUGAGAAGGAUGCCUUUGCAAAGUGGAAGAAGGAUAACGGCAGCUUCCAACGGCCAUUGACGGUCGACUGGAACAACGGAAAGGUGGUGGCAGGUGCAAAUGAAUCGGAGAUUCGGAAAUUGUUGGAAUCGCUGCCAAAGGAAUGA